AUGCUUGUAUGGCAAGCUGGACCGGAGCUGCUGCUGGUCAAAGCAGACGCCGCGGCUUUGCAGCUGUGGCAGCAGCGGGCGCAACAGCAGGAGCAGCAGCAGCAGCUCGCGCCGCAAGAGGUGUCGCCGAGCAAGGGGUAUCGGGUGUUGGCGCUUCGAUACAGCUCAGGGCAGGCGGCGUGGGACUUGGCGGCCGCCUGCGAGCAUGCGACGGCACAGUCGGCCGCCGCGGCAGCAGGCCCCAGCGGCAGCAGCGGCGGCCGGGCCGUUGGCACGGGCGACAGCAGCCGCGGGGGCGGCGGCGCCGGCGGCGCGCCGUCGUCCUCCAACGUGUUUGACGCCAAGAUCGACAAGACCAGCAGCGACAUGUACUUCCAUUACUACGGGAUGCUGCAGCACCAGCAGAACAUGCUCCAGGCGAGCCGGCAUGCAGCCCCAAGGGCAGCCCGGGCCGGGCUGAAGCCUGGCGCUGACGCCACCCGCACCGGCACCUACCACUCAGCCAUCCUGGGCAACCGCCCCGACUUUGAGGGCAAGGUGGUCAUGGACGUCGGCGCGGGCUCGGGCAUCCUCUCCCUGUUUGCAGCGCAGGCCGGCGCCGCCAAGGUGUACGCGGUCGAGGCGUCGGGCAUGGCCAAGUUUGCGGCGCGCCUGGCGGCGGCCAACCCGCCGUUUGGCAGCAGGGUCGAGGUGCUCCACUCCAAAAUCGAGGAGCUCUCCCUGCCUGGGGGCCAGAGGGUGGACGUUCUGGUGUCAGAGCCCAUGGGCACGCUGCUCGUGAACGAGCGCAUGCUGGAGACCUACAUAUACGCGCGCGACAAGUUCCUCAAGCCCGGCGGCAGGAUGUUCCCCCAGAUCGGCCGCAUCCACGCGGCGGCCUUCUCGGACCCGCUGCUGUACGGGGAGGUGGCUCAAAAGGCUGCGUUCUGGCGGCAGCCGGCGUUCUAUGGUGUGAACGUCACCUGCCUCUUUGACCCGGCCGCGGAGGGGUACUUCUCGCAGGUGGUGGUGGACGCGUUCGACCCCGCGCUGCUGGCCUCAAACUGCGCCACCAAGGUGUUUGACUUCGCCACCAUCAGGGAGGCGGACCUUCAUGACUUCGAGCUCCCCCUGGCGCUGACCGUGCCCGCGCCCACCACAGUGCACGGCCUGGCCACGUGGUUCGACGUGCUCUUCAACGGCAGCGCGGCGCAGCGCUGGCUGUCGACGGCGCCGGGGCUGCCGACGACGCACUGGUGCGUUUGA